AUGUCAAGUGUGAUACGCAUCCUGGAUGUUGGAGUAGGCACAGGACACCCAAUGAAACAGAUAAUAAAUAGGAUUCCUUUAAGAAUUUUUGCUGUUGGGAUAGAUAUAGAUACAAAUUAAUUGAGGCAAACUUUUAAGUAGAAUGAAAAUGUAGAAAUAAGAGAAUAAGACUUUUAUGAUUUGCAAAACACAAAAGAAUAAUAUGAGGCUGUGAUAUUCUCCUCAUCUUUCAUGAUUAUGCCUGACAGAUAGAGAGCUUUGAAAAUUGCAAAACAAAGAUUGAGCAAAGGAGGUUCUAUCUUCUUUUGUUGA